AACAGUAUGGCCGAAGACGCUGCUGCUGCAGACGACGAGCUAAAACGAGAAAGCCAGCCAAGAGAAAAUGUGGGUGAAACUGACGCAGUCGUGUCAAAGAAUGCAGAAGCAGAAGACUCAUCUCAGCAACAGCAAUCUGUAAUUGACACACAGGAAGAAGAGCAAAACGCCUCUCAGUUGCCAUCUAUUAAAGAAGCAAAAUCUGAUCCUACUGUGCUUAGUGAGGAGACUAAUGAGAAGCAAGGCACUAGUGGUGUGGAUGACCAGAAUCCCGCCAGCAAAGACAAACUUGCCACGCAAGCUUCUUCAAGCUCAAAACUACCAAGUACCAGGGAAAAGAGUCGGGGACAUGGCCAUGGACAUAGACAUGGACACAGAAGACGGUAUAGGAGGCGACCUGAAACAACAGGAAGUGAUGUUUUAGGAGCAAUUCCUAGAGUGAAAGGAAGUAGCGCAAGACAUGCCACUGGUGACUCUCAGGUGCACAGGUUUGAAGACCCUUUCGAAGAAAUAGCACAGCCAAUCUUCACAAAGGCUGAUGCGGAUAAUGAUGGGUUUCUAUCAACGGUAGAAUUCUGGAAGAUUUUUAGAUCUCAAAAGCUGAACUUAGCUUUGACUGAUGCUCAAAUGAAACAACUGGAGGAUGAAGCUGACCUUGAUAAGGAUGGUAAAAUAGGUUACGAGGAAUGCAUUCCUGUUUUGAGGAAAGUGCUAAUGACAGUCUAUCAGCUGCAAGACAAGUCUCCAUUUGAAUGGAUUGAAUUGGCGACAGAGUUUGGUACUUCGUUGUGGUUUAGCAAAGUUACUGGUCAGACAAGCUAUACACCUCCACAAGGAUAUAGCAGUGGUCAUGAAAUGGACCUUUUUGAACAAGUCAUCUAUGAGGUGUUUACGACGGCUGACUCUGGUCAGGUAGGCUACCUCAACAGAGAACAGUUGAUGCAACUUCUGCAGUCAGACUCUCUCGCACUCAAUCUGAGAGAUGAGGAAAUAUCUGCCAUUACGCAGGCACUACCUGGAUUUGCUGUGGGUCGCAUAACGUAUGAAGAGUUUGUACCAGUAGCAAAGCAGCUUAUUAUUUUGAGUUACCAAACCAAAGAUCCUUCUGCGAGUGAGUGGGUGCAGCUUAACAGUGCACAGUUUGGUCUGUUCUGGUUUAACAAACGAACAGGAGAGACUCGGGUUCAGCCUCCGCAGGAACUGGUAAUGUUGCAACAACAGUUACAUGAACAGAGAGAUGAAGAAAUUGCCUUUGUUCGUCAAACUAUGGAAGAACUUGAAGAUGUCAAAUAUGCUCUUGAAGAGGAACAGCUACGAAGCCAUAGCCUCGAGGAUGAACUGACACAGAUGGCCCAGCAGCUGGAUGAAACAGGGAGAGCAUUGGAUGAGGCUAAUGAGCAGAAAUCGCAAUUCAGUGCUCAGUUAACAGAGAACAGUAAAAUGCUAUCUGAUUUGAAUGCCACUGUGGAAGAUCUACAAACUAAAGGUAACUAA